AUGGCAGACACAUUGAAUCCGUUGCUUGGGAGCUUGGCCAAGGAUCCCAAGGCCACUGAAGACUUCAGCAAAGAGGUCGAAGAGCUCCUGAGCCGUGUGGAUACCAUGGCCACAGCGGGGCGCUUGGAGGAAGCCAUUGAGCUGCUUCUGGGCUUGGAGAAGAAGACUCGUCAGGCCUCGGAUGGUAUCUCAACCUCCAAGUUGGUCUGUAAGAUUUGCAAGAUGUACUUUGAUGCAAAAGAGUGGACAAAGCUCAAGGAGAACAUCAUCACCCUUCCCAAGAAGCGAGGACAGCUGAAGCGAUCCACUACCGACAUGGUGCAUCUGGCCAUGAGCUGGUUGGAUGGCUUAGACAAGGAAAAGAGAUUAGAUCUCAUCAAUACGCUCAAUGAAGUGACCGAAGGAAAGAUUUUUGUCGAAGUGGAAAAGGCCCGUCUUACUCAGAUGUUGGCCAAGAUGAAGGAGGAGGAAGGGAAGAUUGAUGAGGCAGCCAGCUUGGUACAAGAAGUCCAGGUGGAAUCCUUCGGUGCGAUGGAGCGAAGGGAGAAGACAGAGUAUAUCCUAAAUCAGAUGCGCCUAGUCUUAGCCAAGAAGGACUUUGUUCGAACGCAGAUCAUCAGCAAGAAGAUCAACCCCAAACUACUGGAAUCUGAGGACUUCCAGGACCUCAAGAUCCAGUAUUUUGAAUUCAUGAUCAGAUAUUGGCUGCACGAGAAGAAGUUCUUAGAUGUGGCAAAGUGCACCUUGGCCAUCUUCAACACUCCGUCAGUGAAGGAGGACGAGGCCAAAUGGAAGGAGGCGCUGACCUCCUACUGCAUCUUCUUGGUUUUGUCGCCCUAUGACAACGAGCAUGACGACAUGCUACAUAAGCUUGAUACGAUGGAAGGCAAGAAGCUGGAAAAGAUCCCAGUCUACAAGAAUCUCAUCAACAUCUUCAUGAAGAAGGCCAUUGUGAACUGGCCUCUAGCGGAUGAAGCUGAAUUGAAGAGACAUUCGGUCUUCCAAGAGUCGCCUCAUGAGGGUGCAGAGGAACGUUGGCAGCUGCUGAGGAAGAGGGUGGUGCAGCACAACAUUAAGGUCAUCUCAGAGUUCUACGAGCAGAUCCACACCAAGCGGCUUUGUGAGCUGGUCGGUCUCGGAGACAAGGAAACCGAGGAAGAGCUUUCGGAGCUCGUUUGCUCGAAGUUCGUCUAUGCCCGUAUCGACCGGCCAGCGGGGACCAUCAAAUUCGGAAAGAAACAGACCUAUAUCGACCGCCUCAAUGGCUGGUCUGACAGCAUCACCAAAAUGCUGGACCUCGUGGAGAACACGAGCCACCUCAUCCAGAAGGAGCAGAUGAUUCAUGCGGCUAGAGCGAAGCUGAAGGGCAAGAAAUAG